CAUUAGCUUGUCACAUGCAUUCCACGCCUUUUGGAACCACGUUGCAUGACAAAAGCUCGUGCCUUCAACUUCGAGUUGUGAGUGUUCACGCGUAGUUAUCCACGAGCCAUCAAACAUGUGUGGUAUAUGGGCCAUCUUCGGUGCCAAACAAGACGUCAAACAACUGUGUGCCAAUUGCACUAAAGUCGCCCAUCGAGGACCGGAUGCUUGGCGCAUCGAAUCAAUUCGCGCUCUAGACAAUGCCUGUCUCGGUUUUCAACGUUUGGCCGUCAUUGAUCCAACGUAUGGGAUGCAGCCAAUGAACCUUAGAACCUACCCUCAUCUCUGGCUCAUCUACAAUGGCGAAAUCUACAACUAUCGGAAGCUGCAAGAAGAGUUUGGCUAUAAAUAUGAGACGUGUUGUGAUGGUGAAGCUAUUAUUCAUUCUUACGCACGAUUUGGAGCAGAGAAGACGGCAGAAAUGCUGGAUGGUGUGUUUGCCUUUAUUAUUGUGGACACGAAAGAGAAACAAGUUCAUUUGGGGAGAGAUGUAUUUGGAGUUCGUCCCAUGUUCACUUUCUUUGACAACGGCACUUUGGGUGUUUGCUCAGAAGCAAAGGGUCUUCUCAAUGUGCCACGCACGGAUGGUGUACUAGUUCAGCCAUUCAAGCCAGGUCAUGUCCAGUCAUUGGCUAUUAGCACAGAUGGGCAAGUUAUGUGGUCAGAGAGCUACCCAGUUGUCACCGUUGGUGGUUCUGACUUUAGCAGUGUUGCUUGUCUGGUUCCUGACGAUGUCUACUCUAACAUCAGGAUGAUGUUGAAAGAAGCUGUCAAGAAGAGAUUGAUUGCUGAUCGUCGUAUCGGCUGUUUUUUGUCUGGUGGUUUGGACUCUAGUCUCGUUUGUGCACUUCUUGCUGAAUGCAUGAAAGAAGAAGGAAUCAAGUACCCUCUUCAAACAUUUUCAAUUGGAAUGGAAGGUAGUCCUGAUGUCGAAGCUGCUCGCGUUAUGUCAGCUUAUCUCAAUACAGAACAUCACGAAGUCAAGUUUACUCAGGAAGAAGGAAUGCAAGCUAUUCGUGAGGUCAUCUACCAUUUAGAAAGUUAUGAUAUCACAACUAUUCGAGCCUCAGUGGGCAUGCACCUUGUUUCUAAAUAUGUGAAAGAAAAGACUGACACAACAGUCGUUUUUUCAGGAGAAGGGUCUGAUGAGUUAUGCCAAGGCUACAUCUACUUUCACAAGGCUCCCUCACCAGAUGAAGCUGACCUGGAGUCUCGUAGAUUACUGCAAGAUCUAUAUUUGUAUGAUAAUCUUCGUGCAGAUAGAACAACAGCUGCUCAUGGGUUGGAACUUCGUGUCCCAUUCCUUGAUAAGUUCUUUACAUCCUAUUUUCUUUCUUUGCCCUGCAAGAUGCGACAGCCAACAAAUGGUGUGGAAAAGCAUCUUCUUAGGAGUGCAUUUAGUGGAACUGGCUUGCUACCUGAUCAAAUCUUGUGGAGGCCUAAAGAAGCAUUUAGUGACGGAGUUUCAUCAAAGGAAAAGUCAUGGUACAAACUACUGCAAGAUGACUUAAAUGAGAAGAUAUCUGAUAAUGCUCUGGCAGAAGUAUCAUCAUGUUUCAAGACGGGAGUGGUACCCACAUCAAAAGAAGCUUAUUAUUUUCGUACUCUGUUUGAUGAAAUCACAUCGGAAGUAGGUCUCUCAAUCAUGUGUGGUAUAUGGGCUAUUUUCGGUGCCAAACAAGACGUCAAACAACUUUCCACCAAUUGUGCUAAAGUCGCCCAUCGAGGACCAGACGCUUGGCGCAUCGAAUCAAUUCUCACUCUGAACAAUGCCUGUCUCGGUUUUCAUCGUUUGGCCAUCAUUGAUUCUCUGUAUGGGAUGCAACCGAUGAACAUCAGAGCUUAUCCUCAUCUCUGGCUCAUCUACAAUGGAGAAAUCUAUAACUAUCAGAAUCUGCAAGAAGAGUUUGGCUAUAAGUAUGAGACAAGUUGUGAUGGUGAAGCCAUUAUUCAUUCCUACGCAAGAGUUGGAGUCCAACAGAUGACAGACAUGCUUGAUGGUGUGUUUGCUUUUGUUAUUGUGGAUACAAAAGAGAGACAGGUCCACUUGGGAAGAGAUGUGUUUGGAGUUCGUCCCAUGUUUACUUUUUUUGACAAUGGUACUUUGGGUGUUUGCUCAGAAGCAAAGGGUCUUCUCAGUGUGCCACGUACAGAUGGUGUACUUGUCCAGCAGUUCAAGCCAGGUCAUGUCCAAUCAUUAGCUAUUAACACAGAUGGAUUGCUUUUGUGGUCAGAGAGCUACCCAGUUGUAACUGUUGGUGGUUCUGACUUCAACAGUGGUGUUUGUCUGGUUCCUGAUGAUGUCUACUCUAACAUCAGGAUGAUGUUGAAGGAAGCUGUCAAGAAGAGAUUGAUUUCUGACCGUCGUAUCGGCUGUUUUUUGUCUGGUGGUUUGGACUCUAGUCUCGUUUGUGCACUUCUUGCUGAAUGCAUGAAAGAAGAAAGAAUUGAGUACCCUCUUCAAACAUUUUCAAUUGGAAUGGAAGGUAGUCCUGACGUUGAAGCUGCUCGCAUCUUGUCAGCUUAUCUCAAUACGGAACAUCAUGAAGUCAAGUUUAACUGGGAAGAAGGCAUGCAAGUUAUUCGUGAGGUCAUCUACCAUUUAGAAAGUUAUGAUACUAUCACUAUCCGUGGCUCUAUACCUAUGUACCUUUUAUCUAAAUAUGUGAAAGAAAAGACUGACACAAUAGUUAUGUUUUCAGGAGAAGGGUCUGAUGAACUCUGCCAAGGUUAUCUUUACUUUCACAAAGCUCCCUCACCAGAUGAAGCUGACCUAGAGUCUCAUAGUUUACUAAAUGAGCUCUAUUUGUAUGAUGUUCUUCGUGCAGAUAGAAUGACAGCUGCCCAUGGGUUAGAGCUUCGUGUCCCAUUUCUUGAUAAAUAUUUUUCAUCCUAUUAUCUUUCUCUGCCAUGCGAGAUGCGACAACCAACAAAUGGUGUAGAAAAGUAUCUUUUGAGAAGUGCAUUUAGUGGAACUGGUUUGCUACCUGAUCAAAUCCUACGGAGGCAAAAGGAAGGAUUUAGUGAUGGAGUUUUAGCAAAGGAGAAUUCAUGGUACAAACUACUGCAAAGUGAAUUAAACAAAAAGAUAUCUGAUGAUGCUCUAGCAGCAGCAGCAUCACGAUUCACGACUGGAUUGGUUCCUACAUCAAGAGAACCCUAUUAUACCCGUGAAGUGUUUGAUGAAUUGUUUCCUGGACACGCUCAUUUUACUCCAUACUACUGGAUGCCGAAGUGGUUAAAAGACGUUACUGAACCAUCAGCACGUGUUCUUUCCUUUUACAAGUCAUAAAGUACAUGUGGACAAAGUACAUAUGAACUUGAAAUACAAAAAAUUCUUAAUUACAUAGUGCUGUAUGUCAGUGAAGUGUGUGCAUGUGUGCGUGCGUGUGUGUGUGUGUGUGUGUGUGUG